AGAGGUAUUUCCACAGGAGACACAGCUGACCCCACUUCAGAGCCAUCCCUUGACUUGGAGCUGGAUUUCAGGCUAACAGGGCAGCCUGGAAUACGAGAGGGCUCUCCAUGGAUCUGCCUUAUUACCACGGCCCUCUGACCAAGCUUGAUUGUGAGACCUUGCUACUCAAGGAAGGGGUGGAUGGCAACUUUCUGUUAAGAGACAGCGAGUCUAUGCCAGGAGUCCUGUGCCUCUGUGUCUCGUUUAAAAAUCUUGUCUACACAUACCGAAUCUUCAGAGAGAAACACGGGUAUUACCAGAUAGAGACUGUGAAAGGUGCUCAAAAACAGAUCUUUCCAAACCUAAAGGAAUUGAUCUCCAAAUUUGAAAAACCAGAUCAAGGGCUGGUGGUUCACCUUAUAAAGCCAAUAAAGAGAACGAGCCCCUACAUGAGAUGGAGAAGAUUGAAAUUAGACUUGGAUGGCAUUUAUGAAAACAGUAAUGAUUAUACGGAUGUCUUGCCUUGAAGAUAAGGACACUGGACACAGCAAGUUAGAGAAGAGAUGGGUAAUAGCUGUCACCGGUGACCCACUUCUGCAGGUGUAGGUCCGGAAUGCCAAACUCUAACAGACAAUUCAGACUCUCCUGGUCUGGGUAACUGAAGAUAUUCUGUCCACCAGCAUCAGAAGUUACUCCCCAUACUCCUACCUCCCAGGCAUAUACCAGGAAGAAUUUCAAAGCCCCUCUUCAUUCCUACUCUUCUUUCUCAGAAUGGGACAGCCUGAACCUAUUCUCCUUGACUUGUCACCUUCCUCCCGACUGUGCAGAGGGGCAGCUUCAU